GUGGCGGAGGGGAUGGGACACCGGGGAGGAGGACCCCGGGGUUCUCCUUUCAGUCAUCCCUUGUCCUUCCAGCUCAUCACUCUGAGAACAAACCCAGAUGCAGCAACCCAGAACAGGCGAUUCCAGUUCACUCAGAAUCAGAAGAAGGAAGAUUCAAAAACGUCCACCUCAGUCACCAGUGUGAACCAAGCAAGCACAUCCCGCCUAGAGGGCUUGCAGUCUGAAAACCAUCGCCUGCGAAUGAAGAUCACAGAGCUGGAUAAAGACUUGGAAGAGGUCACGAUGCAGCUGCAAGACACCCCAGAAAAGACCACCUACAUCAAACAGAACCACUACCAAGAACUCAACGACAUCCUCAACCUUGGGAACUUCACUGAGAGCACAGAUGGGGGAAAGGCCAUUUUAAAAAAUCACCUCGAUCAAAAUCCCCAGCUACAGUGGAACACAACAGAGCCCUCGCGAACAUGCAAAGAUCCUAUAGAAGAUAUAAACUCCCCAGAACACAAAUACACCGUACAUUUCUGAAGAGGCUUCAGCCUGAAGGCAUUUUCCAAUGACGUUAGUGCACAAACGCUUUAAAUUAGACUGGAACUGCCAGAAUCAAAUGUAAAUGAGGAAUUUCUCGUACCCCUAUUGCAUGGUAUCAAUUUUUAAUAAAUUGUUGCAAAUUUGUUUUUAUGAAUAAAA